GAAUGGCGAAAAUGUGGAUUUGGAGAAAGAAUAUGUCAGCAUGCUAUUAAAUAUGUGGAAUCGCGAUAUAGCACAAAAGUACUUGUAACGCAAGCGCAACUACCCGUUUUAAAAUUUUAUGAAAAUCUUGGAUUUCUGAUGACCAUGUUUUAUCCUCCUCGCCAUGAUCGGAUUUCAACGCUGGAUAUAUGGAAAAAUAACCUCCCCGAGCAUGAAUAUAUACCCGGUGAAUGUUUCGACCCCUCAGUUAUUAAAAGAAUACAGGAAGUGAUCAUUUCCCUGGAAGAGGACAGAAUACUUCGAUUGCUACAUCUACAGCACUUACUGGAUGAGAGAAUCAUUGGUCGAUCACUUGUACGGACAUUCAGAGAAUGCGCCGUAGCAACUCUGAUGUGUAAUUUUGCACGAAGCAAGGAACUGGAGGAAUUUCUUCUUGCAUUGGCCUGGGAAAAGCUGAAUACGGGUCACUACUCGCAAGUUGACGAAGCGUGGAGAAUACUCUAUGCCGCUGUUUCAGCAUGCAAAGCUGUGCGUUUAAAAGAAGAAAAUCACAUAAAGGAAGCUCUACAUGCUUGCGAUAUGGGCCUGAUAAUGGGCCGUGAUAUUGAUGGCUUAUCACUAUCAAAAUAUGCUCAGCAAUUGCAUUCCAGUUUGCCGGAACCUACGGGCCCUCCGUCGAUGCUCGUUGAAGUACCAUGUGCACUGCCAAAUUCAAUUCCUGUAAUUGCGUACGAUUGUCCGUCGCUUGAGAAGAUGCUGCGGCUCAUGAAGGAACAAAAGCCAUUCAUAAUAAAAGGAAUUGUCAAUAAAUGGCCAGCGUUUGAGAAGUGGAAGUAUGGCAUUUUAAAAGUAUUGAUAUUCUCUUCAUCCUUAUGUUCAUUCUUCCUUAUGCCAUUUGUAAAAGAGAUGUUUUUUGAGAUCCAGUUGUGGUAA